CCGCGCCACGAGCCGAGCGGGCCGGGCCGGUGGCGGUCGCGGAGUGGCCCCGAGCCGAGCCCAGCCGAGCCGAGGCCAGCCGGCAAUCCUCGGCAGAACUGCUGCCUCCAGCCGCACUCCCGCCACCGGACUGCGGGCGGUGGAGAGGGACUGCUCUUCUGUUUGUUUUCCCUCCCCCUGAGGAAAAAAAAAAAAAAAAAAAAAAAAAAAAAAAAAAAAAAAAGACCAAAAAUAGGAGGGGUGAAAAAAGGAAGGCAGAAGUGAAGAGAUCCCCUCCGCUUGCCAAAGUCUUUGUCUCCGGAUGAACAGCGAUGGGGGAAUGGACUAUUCUAGAGAGGCUACUGGAAGCUGCCGUGCAGCAGCAUUCUACUAUGAUAGGGAGGAUCCUGCUGACCGUGGUGGUGAUCUUCAGAAUUCUCAUUGUGGCCAUUGUAGGGGAGACGGUGUACGAUGACGAGCAAACGAUGUUUGUCUGUAACACGCUGCAGCCAGGCUGCAACCAGGCUUGUUACGACCAGGCUUUCCCCAUUUCUCACAUAAGGUACUGGGUGUUCCAGAUCAUCAUGGUGUGCACUCCCAGCCUAUGCUUUAUAACCUACUCCGUUCACCAGUCUGCUAAACAAAGGGAACGGAGGUACUCCACUGUCUUCCUUACCUUGGAAAGGGACCAGGAUUCAAUGAAGCGUGAGGACAGUAAAAAAAUCAAGAACACUAUUGUCAAUGGGGUGCUGCAGAACACUGAGAACUCCACCAAAGAGGCAGAACCAGACUGCUUAGAAGUGAAGGAAAUCCCCAAUCCUGCUAUCAGAACUACAAAGUCAAAGAUGAGGAGGCAAGAAGGCAUUUCUCGAUUUUAUAUCAUCCAAGUGGUCUUUCGAAAUGCCCUAGAGAUUGGAUUCUUAGUGGGACAGUAUUUUCUGUAUGGAUUCAAUGUCCCUUCAAUGUACGAAUGUGACAGAUACCCUUGCAUUAAAGAAGUAGAGUGCUAUGUCUCUAGACCCACUGAGAAGACUGUAUUUUUGGUGUUCAUGUUUGCUGUCAGUGGGAUUUGUGUGGUGCUUAAUUUGGCAGAACUGAACCAUUUGGGCUGGAGAAAGAUCAAAAUGGCAGUGAGAGGAGUACAGGCAAAAAGGAAAUCCAUAUACGAAAUCAGAAAUAAAGACCUGCCAAGAAUGAGCAUGCCUAACUUUGGCAGGACUCAGUCAAGUGACUCAGCUUAUGUGUGAGGCUGUGGCAGAACUGAAGCAUUGUGCCAGGUGGAACAGACCCAGAUACCAUUAGAGAAAGGUACAUUGCUUAGGCAAGCAUUUUAUCAAACCACCAAGAAAGCCAUUAAGGUAUUGGAUCUGCACUUACUGAACUAGCUGCAAAAUGCAGCACUAUGUAAAAGACUGAAAAAACAGCUAUAAAACCAUGCUUGAUCUAGCCUUACAGCACAGCUACUAUUAUUCCUACUUUUCUUUCUAAUGAUCGGGUGUUAUCUGUCAGUGAAACAGCUUUUUGGUUGUCAUUAGGAUGUUUACGGUUUGAGUUGUCUGAAUAAUUGUUGUAAAUGUGUAGAAUGUUCAUAUCAAAACUCUGCAAGGAUACUCUAUAUAGGGCGGGAUGGGGUGGGAUGCAAUGUGCAGACAUAAGCAUGUUUUAAAGGAGGGUAAGCGCACUGUAAGGAAACUAACCACAGCUCAAUCAGGAUAUCUGCGUUCACAUAAUUCACAGAUGUCUUAUAUUAUUUUGUUUGUCUAAAUCACAGACUUUAUUCCUGGUGUGUAUUACUAGCUAUUUUCUAUCAUGGUUUGUGCAUCAAUUAGUUAUGCUAAACAAUAAAUGCUGAAUAUAAUUUUGCCAUUUUUUGUUUGCCUGUCCACACACACACACCAGAGACCUUAAUCAUCUUAAUUUGUUAUGAUCUGCAAAAUUUAUCAGUACAUUUUUUUCUUCUGAUUCCCUAAUAUGUGCAUGAAUAAAAUGGAGUUGAUUCAUGCUAGCCAAGUUAUGUAUUUACCUACAAUCACCUAUGAUGAAACACAUACCAAAGGAAGAGGGUUCAUUGCGUUUAACUGUGAAAUCACCUUCUCUCUGCUCUUAUUUAAUAUAAGUGCCAUACUUGAAACAUCUGACUCUGUACUUAGUCAAAAGGUUGUCUUGGGAUACCAGCUUGAGUAAAAUGAUUUUAUACUCCCCUUUGUUUAUUUUAUGCUAUUUGUUUAGUCAUUGCAAUGGUAAAAAGCAGCUGAACUUUCUAUUGAUAAAUAAAGUACUUGCCUUUUUUUUUUUUUUUUUUUUUUUUUUUUUUUUUUUUUUUUUUUUUUUUUUUUUUUUUUUUUUUUGUAAGCCAGAGAGAUUUGUUCUUCUGUAUUCUUGUAAACAAUUGUAAAAAACAUACAGGGUCAAAAUAAUUCACUUACAACAAUUAUUCUUCAGGGUUUAAAAUGUCUUGUUGGUAUUCUAAACUCUAAGUGACAAAACCGGGGAAAUCCAGGCUAUUUUUUAUGUCUAUUUUCCUCCUUGAGCAAGCUUCCUCUGUCUUUAAAGCCUGAUCCAAAGCCCACUGACACCAACAGCCUUCCUUCUGCUGACACUAAGGGCAACACAGUUGGCUGCCAAGGUCACUCUAGGAAUAGCCAGAAUACAUUUACCUAUAAAUGAAACAAUUGCAGUUUUUUUUAUCAGGGAAUCCAAAUAUUAACCUCAGCUUUUCUGCCUUACAGCUGGUUUAAAAAAUAUACUGUUCAUGUCCCAUCAACUUACUGGCAAGCCACUGGGGCAGUCACAAACAAAUCUCUGUUAAUAGCAACCAUUUUAAUAGAGGAUACUGAGUUUUACUUAAAGAACUUUUAAUUUUUUUUUUAAUUCCCAUUAAAUUCAACAGAAAAUAUUCCUCUGGCAACAGUAGGAGUUGGAUCAGGACUAAAAAAAAAAACAUAUAAGUGCAUUUCUAACUAAAUAGUAUCUGCCCUUUAAAGAAAAGGGCCAAAAUGGUGCUGGAAAAUUUAGUGGUACUUUAUAACAUAAGAAGGAGACACGGGCUCCGAGUCACAAAUGGCCUUUUGAUUGUAUUUUAUUUCAAGCCUGAAAAUGGAUUUUAUUGUAUAUUGGCUUGGAGAUGAUGCAUAUAAAUCUUUUCCUCUUGGCUUACAAUAAACACCUUAACAUUC